AUGGAGGCGCGCAAGUUUGAUCUACGUUCAGACGCGAACGAGGCCAAUGCGCCGACAGAGGCGACGCGUCCGGAGGUCAAAGAGACGGCGCGCGAGCAAUGGGCCGGCAAACUCGAUUUUCUGCUAUCGGUCGUCGGUUUCGCGGUGGAUUUGGGCAACAUUUGGCGAUUCCCCUAUUUGUGCUUCAAAAAUGGCGGAGGCGUCUUCCUCAUCCCGUACAGCAUAAUGGUGCUGCUCACCGGUGUGCCGUUGUUCUACAUGGAGCUCUCGUUGGGACAGUAUUAUCGAAAAGGCGCCAUCACCACGUGGGGACGAAUAUGUCCCCUAUUUAAAGGAAUAGGAUAUUGUGUGAUACUCACCGCGUUUUAUGUCGAUUUUUUCUACAACGUCGUCCUCGCGUGGGGACUUCAUUAUCUGUACACGUCGUUUAGCUUAAAUUUGCCGUGGGCCUCGUGCAACAAUUCGUACAACUCACCGGCGUGCUAUGAACCGCAUUGGAGUGAAGAUGGCACAGCGAAAUGUCGAAGUUCGGACGAGUCAGUGAGCGCCGAGAAAAUCUCGGCCGCCGAGGAAUACUUCUACAAAGGCUUCCUCGGCCUUCACACACCCGGCGAGGCGAACUCGCACGUCGCGCGCUCCCUCACCGAUUUGGGCGUCGUCCAUUGGGACAUCGCUUUGAGUCUAUUCGUCGUCUACCUCAUUUGCUAUUUCUCGAUGUGGAAAGGCAUUCAGAUGAGCGGCAAAGUCGUCUGGUUCACCGCGUUGUUUCCCUACGUCGUUUUGGGAAUUCUGUUCAUUCGCGGCGUGACGCUGCCCGGAUGGCGCGACGGCAUCGAGUACUAUUUGCGGCCGAAUUUCGAGAAGCUCAAAGAGCCGUCGGUGUGGCAGGACGCCGCCACACAGGUCUUCUUCUCGUUGGGACCCGGCUUCGGUGUAUUGAUGGCGUUCUCGUCUUACAACGAUUUUCACAAUAAUGUCUAUGUCGAUGCUCUGUUCACCUCAUUCAUCAAUUGCGCCACCUCGUUCCUCUCGGGAUUCGUCAUUUUCUCGGUUCUCGGCUAUAUGUCGUGCAAAAGCGGAAAACCGAUCGAAUCGGUCGCCCAAGAAGGUCCCGGUCUGGUGUUCGUCGUCUAUCCCGAGGCGCUCUCAACAAUGCCGUACGCACCCGUCUGGUCGGUUCUUUUCUUUCUCAUGCUCAUGACAUUGGGACUUGAUAGCUCGUUCGGCGGCUCGGAAGCAAUCAUAACCGGCCUUUCCGACGAGUUUCCGGUGCUCAAGAAGCAUCGCGAAGUGUUCGUUGGGCUUCUCUUCACGUUCUACAUGAUCAUCGGAAUCUCAAUGUGUACCGACGGUGGAAUUCUCAUAAUGGAAUGGCUCAUCGUCUUCGGAACCACGUGGGCGCUUCUCAUUGCGGUUUUCUGUGAGGCGAUUGUCAUCUCAUAUAUUUAUGGACUUCGCCAAUUUGUGAGAGACGUCAAAGAAAUGAUGGGCUUCCGUCCGGGAAAUUAUUGGAAAUUCUGCUGGAGCCUCGCCGCCCCAUUCAUUUUGCUUAGUAUGAUCACGUCGCAUUUUGUGAAUUACCAGCCGCUGAGAUACCAGGAUUACGAAUAUCCGAGAAUUGCCAACAUCAUCGGAAUCGUGUUCGCGCUCUCUGGUGCUUCGAUGAUACCGCUCGUCGGCAUUUAUAAAUUCUACAACGCCCGCGGAAAUACUAUUUCAGAGAAGUGGAAAAGGGUGACGAUGCCGUAUCGACGUCGUCCCAAUCAGACGGAAUAUAUUCCGAUACCGACGACGCAGCCACACAGCGAUAUAAUGCUAUGA